AUGUCCUCUUUUGAAUCAGUUGUCACGAUCGACGGGAAGGGUCACCUUCUCGGUCGUCUCGCCAGCACUGUCGCCAAGCAGCUGCUCAACGGUCAGAAGAUCGUCGUUGUGAGAUGUGAGGCCCUCAACAUCUCCGGCGAGUUCUUCCGUGCGAAGCUCAAGUACCACGCCUACCUUCGCAAGAUGACCCGUUUCAACCCCACCCGUGGUGGUCCCUUCCACUUCCGCGCUCCCUCCCGCAUUCUCUACAAGGCCAUCCGCGGUAUGAUUCCCCACAAGACCGCUCGUGGUGCCGCCGCUAUGGAGCGCCUCAAGGUCUUCGAGGGUGUCCCCCCUCCCUACGACAAGAAGAAGCGCGUUGUCGUUCCCCAGGCCCUCCGUGUCCUGCGUCUGCGCCCCGGCCGCAAGUACUGCACCGUUGGCCGUCUCAGCCACGAGGUUGGCUGGAAGUACCAGGAUGUUGUCUCCCGUCUUGAGGAGCGCCGGAAGGUCAAGAGCAAGGCUUACUACGAGCGCAAGAAGGCCGCUCGCCGCAACCUUGCCAAGGCGGAGCAGGGAGCGAACGUGGACAGCAAGACCAAGACCCAGCUUGCUCAGUAUGGAUACUAG